GAUGCCAACGGAGUGCCUUUGAGACGCUCCAAACGAGGAUGGAUGUGGAAUCAGUUCUUCCUGCUGGAGGAGUACACAGGGUUGGAUAACCAGUAUGUUGGAAAGCUCCACUCAGAUGGGGACCGGGGUGACGGUAGCAUACGGUACGUCCUGACUGGCGACGGAGCCGGUACUCUGUUCAUCAUUGAUGAGAACUCAGGAGAUAUCCACGCCACUAAGAGGCUGGACCGGGAGGAGAAGGCCUACUACACGCUCCGGGCCAAGGCCGUCAACAGAAUCACUAACACCUCUCUAGAGGGAGAGUCAGAGUUUAUUAUCAAGAUCCAUGACAUCAACGACAACGAACCGAAGUUUACCAAGGACCCCUACUUCACACACGUACCUGAGAUGUCCCCACUGGGUACGUAUGAACACCUACACCAUAACCCCUACUUCACACAUAUAAAGAUGUCCCCAUUGGGUACGUAUGAGCCCCAACUUCACACAUGUACCUGA